AUGGUCAUGAGAGCUUUCUCUAUGCGAUGGUUUGCACGUAAGGCUAAGCAGAAAUGCAAUGGGCGAGAAUAUGUGAUCUUCCAUAACAAGCUUGCCAAUGACUUGUGUGAGGAUUUCAGUAGACCACAACAGGAUGGUCAAAUGCCUUUCAAGGUUAAUUCCUUCUUCAAAGUGGACUGCCCUCUUGUUUUUGUUACUUUGAAUUCUCGUGAAACGUUGAAUUCUCGGUUCCACUCUAUUCGGUUCGAUUACAAUAUUGGAUUUUGCUGGCAACGUCGACAAGUUUUUAUUCUAAAUCUUCACAUCUUGUCAUGUCAUUGUGUGGAUCCGUUUUUGAAACGAGAAUACUGUGUAUUGAAGCAAACAAAACCGAAAGGAAUUAAAAGGAUUAUGGAAGCGAUUUCGAUUGUUGGAAAGAAUCAAUCAGUUUGGCAGUAUUAUGUGUUUAUUGGGCAAACGUUUCAAUCAGUGGAUUUAUUCGAAGCUUACGAUCCUAACCAACUUUGGUUCACUAAUUUAUUCACUCGUUUUCUUAUCGAUUAUCUCCGAACAAAUUGUCUUGCGGUGUGUCGGUGGCAACAUUUGCAUAUUGCAGAAGCAAAUGGAGCACUUCAUGCAACUGCAUUCAUAACCACCAAACAUUGGUGA